UUUCAUGUCAAAAAUUAGCCACUCUCGCAAUUGGCGGAUCCGACGCUCCGGUGACAUGCAGGUGUUGUUACGGUUUCACGCUGGUGGGCUGGUCUACUUAUUACUGUGCACUAUGAUGGUUUAUUGAUUUUUGGAUAUGUUUGUCAUUUGACGUGAAGAUGACGAUAGACCAUAGCUGUGCUAGUGGGUCUAUCUAUUUAAGUCUCGCUCGUUCCCUUCUUUCCUGCAACGAUUUCACGAAAGUAAAGAAGUUCUUAGAUUUGUGUCCAAAACCGGAACCUCAUGCUGGUUUUCGCCUGGAUUCUCGCAGCCAAAGCGCUAUCCUCGGUUUGGGAACAUUCUUGGUGGAAUCUAAUUUAAAAUUUGUGGACAAGUGCUUGCCCUACCUCCUAACUGUGCAGAAGAAGUUGCACAAAUGCUGCACUCCUGAAUUUGUUUCCAACGACACAUUCAAGCUUCCACCGGCGGAAUGCUUCACAUUUUGCCUUUCAAACUUAUUGUUGCAAAUAUCCCUAAUGGAUCCCACUAAGGCUGAUCUGAUCAUGUCCACUUUAAUCGAAUCCGCCAGCAAUAUACUGGAGCAAAUUGAUGAUGCAUGCCAGCAAUUGGGUGACCGCGGCAUCGCUCUCCCUUCUUUUCUACGCCAGUCACGAAGUCGUCGCAAUUCCCCUUCAUCCCUACCCGAAACGUCGAAAGCCGCAUUUUACUUCAGUUCUCUAGAGCGUAUUUGCUUGUUUCUCGCCCCCUCUCUGGCAGGAAUACUACGAGGAAUGGCAAGCGGAAGAUGUAAAUUUCCUUUUUCUAAGUUCAAACGUAAAGCCUUGCCCUGCGUGGUAUCCGGACUAUAUCCACCACCUGAACUUCAUCAGAAACCCCCUCCCCAUGAACAUAACUGUUCAUAUCAACACUUGGAUGAUCGCCGAACUCUUCCAGACUUCAUUUCUCAAGUGUUCCCUAAUUUUCGUUCGAUCGUUCCCCAUUCGCUUACUCCAUCAUUGUCUCUAAUCCCUCAAGAAGACCCCGGUGACUCAAUUUAUGCUUCCUGCGCUAGUUCGCCGCCGUUUGAAAUGGCAAAAUCAUCGACUCCUUCAAAUGUUACGAUUGAUUGGUCUGUUUGGAACAGUGCCUGGCUAGACCCAGCUGGAAGUGAAUAUCUUUUCAAUCAAAUUGCCUCAGUGUAUGCGAGCCGAUUGCCUCAUCGCGCCGUGAUUAGUGAUGACUACUUGAGCAGCUGUCUCACGGCGUCACAAUUGGGUUCAUUGAGCCAAUCAGCAGAUGUUUGUGAGGCAUCUUCCUUGUCAUUCAAUGGCAGCCAGGUUAAGGCACUUCUAAAGUUGUCCAAUCAGCUGAUGAACGAACGUUUCUUGAGACGCCUGGAUUCGUUGGCUGAGGAGUACUGGCCAUAUCGACCAAAGAACGGCCGCUACCCCUACAGGUCAUACGGACACUGCCUGCGUCUUUGUUGGUUGUUACUCAUACGAGAGCUUGUGUACAACCCUGAGCGGGAUUUUGGUGACAAAGUGUUGACCUCUAUGCAGUCCCUUAUGCUGGAUGUCUAUUCCAGCUGUAUCAGUGAAUUGUCUCGCCUGUCAACAGAAACAUGUGGUCUAACCACCACUACGUUUGAUAAGUCAACUAACAACGGUCGAAAAAUGUCCACAGUUGCAUCAGCCAGCGCUCUUUCCACCUCGCUCAAGGUGUCUGGACGUCCACGCUUCAGUAAUCCCACAGAGGACGACGAUUCUGUCCCGUGCUCUGCCCUCAAUGGGAUGCCCGAUUCUCAUCCAUUGCGAGCGGCAUACGGCUCUGCGGAAGAAAACAAUCAAAAUAAAGUGAUUUUUCCCGGGAAAAAGUCGAUGAACCCGACACGUGUUUAUUCCACUAGCCGUGAGCGAGCUUCCACUCAUCCACCGGAUACUUCCACCACUUUCGAUAGCUGCCCAAGCAGCACUGCCAGCGGUCGAAGACAAGCUAACGCACCGGCUCUCUUCGCUUUCGAUUUCGUCGCCGCUUCAACGGCCACUUGUAUUCAAAUUCUCACCCAGGUGGUAACCGAUAUGGGAGAUUCCGAAAGCUUGCUCGCUCGGCUUUUGGAGCGUGUGGCCACGGGCAUUGAUCCGCGCGCCAUGUUACACGCAGAGCGUGGACUGGAACAAUCGAUCGUACUAUUCACGCCUUCCAGCGGCCAAUCUGUUGCCGUGGCCACUGCACGUGGGAUGCAGCAAUUCCUUCGUGGUCACCUGAAUGUCAUUCAGCGUCAGUUCUCCGUCCAACCUUCUUCCGGUCAUCAUAAGUCCUCUUUAGCAAACCACCUCCCACACAAACCCGUCAAUAAACCUCACCGGACCCAUUUUGUGUGCAGCGCUGGGCUUUUGAUGGUCGUCUUGGAAUGCGUUGGUCAGUUGCCACAACGAUUUCCCUAUCUAGCAAAAGCCACUUUGGAUGCUCUGAGUGACUUUUUGCUCGACCCAUCGCCUACCCUAAGUCGCCUAAACAGGCAGUUGCGCCGUCUUGAAAAUUCACGCCAAGAAUUGGUUACUCAGCUCUCUAUGCGAAAACGGCUGCUUCGAGUGCUGUUCACCGAUUCAGAACUGGGUGAGAUUUACCCUCAGCAUAUCGCUGGGGAAAUUUGGCACCUUGAAUGCUGCUUCCGACGAGUCGGCGAUCACCCUGAGUUGAGCCAGGACGCAGGCGAAUUCACUAUGAACAACCUUCCCAUCGUCAGCGGUCGUCUGAGCUGUUCCAUCUCUGCGCUGGGGGUUCGGUGCCGCUUGGUGGAGAUGUGCUUAAACUUACUCCAAAACACUCUAUUUAAACCGGCUCCACUUCCGCAUGGAACCAAUGCCACCACUGAUGAAAUCUCCAGCGCAGCUGGCGGUGGAAGUAGCGCGGGGAGCCUAGUAAGCGGUGGCGGAAUCGCCGCGGGUAAAGUAGCCAAUAGUGGAGCUAGUCUGAGCAGCCACACAUCAUUCGAGCAAGGCUAUUCGUUUCCGCUGAGUCGCGUGGUGCUGCGUGAAAAAGCCUACGCAGCAAUACUAAAUCACUUCGCCGUCAAGCCGCACUAUCCAAUACACAAAGGUGCCGAUCUUGCCGAGGAUUUGAAGGCAUUAUCUCGAGUUUGGUCCUUGAUGCAAGCAGAAAAGAAGUAUCUAAGCAGCGGGAUCGUGAGCGCGGAGAUGGAUUCGCUUAUUGAGGCUUCCGGUCGUUACUUUACCCAAAGUGUACUGACUCCUUCCCACACCGAGACAACACCAACCAACCCCGGUGGACCUCACUCUCCUGAGGUUAUUGGCAUACCCUUUUCCAACAGACCCACUUCGAGUGUCGCAACUGCAACCGGCAUGUCUAACUCUCCUCGUACUCCCCAGGUGACUUCAAGCUCAUCUCCGAACAUUCAACGAAUCUUUCCACAUUUUAUCAAUGACCUCCACAACGCGAAUACAGUCACCGGCGGCACUUUACCACGUCUGCGGUCUCAAGCCAUGUUUCUGGCCGGACAGCCACUGGAACGCCCAGGUGUGGGAUCACUCAUUCUGCCGUCGGCACUCCAACCGACCAAUUCAUCCACCGUCCAUGUGCAGCCUAGCGCUUAUGCUGCCCACUCCAUCGUGUCGAAGCGCUCGUCGGCUCCAGGAAAGCCUGGUGGACACCGUACCAAUGGUGACAAUUACCUGAAGCAACUGUGUUUGCGGAAACGCGAGCUCAUUCUGCUCCUUCUGGCCUCCGAAAUCGAGCGCCUGUCUGUCUGGUUAAAUCCCCAAGGAGACGUGGCCCUGGUUACGUCUAAAGAAAAUGAAGCCGAUGUCUGGCUCCGGGACACAUUACUGCGCGAGAAGAACUGGCAGCGCUGGGCUUCGCUUGCUUGGGAAUUGAAUCCGAGCGUGGCGGUUCACAUGCCUCAGAGAUUUGCUGCACCUCAAAGUCUACGACGGGAAAUCUCAACUCUGGUCAAAUUCUCGCCCCAGAUGGUGUCUCACGUUCCUGGUGCGUUGCAGUACUUGGCUACUUCGUCAAACCUAGAAGAGGAUGUUCCGGAGCUCAUGCAAGUGCUCACUUGGGCCCCAGUUGCCCCCAUCGUGGCUCUCUCCUUCUUCUCCCGAAUGUAUCCACAGCAUCCUGUGACUCAUCAAUACGCUGUUCGCGUUCUGAACAAUUAUCCCUCGGAAACUAUGCUCUUCUAUGUGCCCCAGUUGGUUCAGGGUGUCCGAUACGACAAGCUCGGCUACCUGACAGAGUGCAUCUUAGACUCUGCCAAGCGAUCACCGCUUUUGGCCCACCAGCUGCUUUGGAACAUGA